GAAGAAACUUUGCAUGGUUCUCUACCGUCCGCUUUUUUGUUGGAAUCGGUAUUGGUAGCCUCAUAUUAGUACCGUGUUACAUUAGUGAAUUAAUAAGUACGAAAUACCAAGGAAAAGUUAUGAUUUCGCUACAGUUUUUCUUUGGGUUUGGAAAUGUGUACGUCGCUUUCCGAGCUUACAUCGUUAUGAAUAAAUUUGGAUGUCGCGUUUUUUUACUGCUCGCUGCUUCACCAAUUCUACUAAGUUUUGGCAUUUUGUUUUAGUUGCCUGAAUCAGUGCGUUAUUUGGAGAAUGUUGGAAAUAACCACGAAAUUAUGAAAGUUUUACAUGUGAUAUCGAUAAACAAUAAAAAACCUAUCCCCAAAAAGAUCAAAUUUAAACAGCCUGUUAAAAAAAGAGUAGACAUAUUGGAACUUUUUAUUCCCAAAUACAGAUUGCAUACAACGCUGUCAUUAAUACUGUGGUCUUUUACUUUCACAAGCUCUUAUGGUCUUCAGCUUUUAAAUACACAACUAGAUCAAACGAUCGGACAAGCUAGGAAAUCGUCCUGCCAUAGUUUAACAGAUAUCGAGUACUUGCAAGACAUUUUUGUUGUUCUUGGUCAGGUACCUGGCUUGCUAUUUUACAUACUCUUUGCGGAUAAAAUAUCUCGUAAAACUGCAUUCAUCUCGACUUAUAUAAUUAUCCUAGCAUGUCUCUUAUUGUUGAAGUUCAGUACUGUAUUUUUGUGAGAACUAGCCUCAUGUUUUUUUUACGAGCAACAACAUCAUUAUCAGCGCAGCUAGUUUGGUUACACAGUGCAGAAAACACACUAUCCAGGUUCAGAACUACAGCAUUGGGGCGUUGUAUACCAGUGCAGCGCGAUGAUCGAUGGCGUUAUCACCAAUCUUGGUGCAAUACUUACUGAACGUCUCAUUUACGGUAAAUUUUUUUUAAUGUGAUUAGUUGUAUAAUAGUUUGGAGCGAUAAAGCUUCACUUGUUAAAUAAAAGGAGGGGUGACGAUUAUUGUUAAGUCCAUGUCUCUCCAUCGUAUACAGUGAACAUCUCGACAUAACGAACCAAAAUUCAUUCCCCUUGGAUUUAGCCGUAAGAAACUCUUAUAAAAUCUUUCUAUAUAACGAACCCCUAAUAUUAAACUUUCGAUUUAACGAACCAACUCUUUCGUCCCCUGAAGUCUAAAAACCUUAAUAAAACGAGCUUAAGGCAGUAAAUGUGA